CCGGUGAGCUCAGUCAGUUAGCUAGCCAAGCUGAUUAGCCCGCUACGACAAGCUAAUGUUUGUGGGAUAUUUAUUGUUAGCUGAAUUUGACUGGAUGAUACAAAGAGUAUAGAAAAAAUGGCGGACGUCGAGGGAGAAGGAAUUUGUUCAUCGGUCCCUCCGUUGCCUCACCCUUCUUCUCGCAACGGCUCCGGUAGCGGUAACGUUACACCGGGCACCGGCGGCAGCUGCCAGACGGCAACUACCGUUACUUCAGGCCCACGGCUGGUUCGAAUAGUGAAGUCUGACUCGGGCUAUGGUUUCAAUGUUCGGGGACAAGUUAGUGAAGGCGGGCAACUACGAAGCAUUAACGGGGAACUGUACGCUCCACUGCAGCAUGUCAGUGCUGUACUACCGGGAGGUGCCGCCGACAGAGCCGGUAUUUCGAAGGGGGACAGGAUUCUUGAGGUUAAUGGUGUGAAUGUAGAGGGAGCAACCCACAAGCAGGUGGUGGACCUGAUCCGGGCUGGAGAGCGGGAGCUGGCGCUGGCCGUGCUGUCCGUCCCGCCCCAGGAGACCGACUGCUUGGAUCCCGGAGACGACAUUUCAGCCCAGUCCUGCUACGACUACUCCGACAAGCAGGCCGUCCCCAUCUCUGUGCCGAGCUACAAACACACCGAGCUCAACCAGGAAAAGUUUGUGGUCUAUAAUGUGUACAUGGCGGGCAGGCAGCUGUGCUCCAAGCGUUACCGUGAGUUCGUGAUCCUACACCAAAACCUGAAGAGGGAGUUUGCCAACUUCCCAUUCCCCAAGCUGCCUGGGAAAUGGCCUUUUUCCCUGUCAGAGCAGCAGCUGGACGCACGACGCAGAGGCCUUGAAGAGUACAUGGAGAAAGUGUGCUCUGUACGGGUAAUUGGAGAAAGUGACAUCAUGCAGGGGUUCCUGUCUGAAUCAGAUGAGAACUAUAACGGCGUGUCAGAUGUGGAGUUGAGAAUAGCCAUGCCCGACAAAACCACGCUCACCGUUAGAGUUUGCAAAAAUUCUACUACUGACCAGGUCUACCAGGCUGCGGUAAUGAAGCUGGGGAUGGACAGUGUAACAGCCAGCUAUUUUGCUCUGUUUGAGGUCAUCAACCACACCUUCGUGCGUAAGCUCGCCCCCAACGAGUUCCCCCACAAACUGUACGUACAGAACUAUACCUCAGCCAUCCCAGGAACCUGCCUCACCCUGCGCAAGUGGCUCUUCACUACAGAGGAGGAGAUUCUGCUCAAUGACAACCAGCUUGCUGUCAACUACUUCUUUCACCAGGCUGUAGAUGAUGUGAAGAAAGGCUUCAUCAAAGCAGAGCAGAAGUCCUACCAGCUGCAAAAGCUGGCCGAGCAGAAGAAGCUGUCCAUGUAUAUGAGUUUGUUGAGGGAUUGCGAGGGCUACAAUGAGAUCAUAUUCCCACACUGUUCCUGCGACUCCCGACGUAAAGGCCACGUCAUCACAGCCAUCAGCAUUCACCACUUCAAGCUGCACGCUUGCACCGAGGAGGGGACACUCGAGAACCAGGUGAUUGCAUUUGAUUGGGCGGAGAUGCAGAGAUGGGACACAGAUGAAGAGGGCAUGGCCUUCUGCUUUGAAUAUGCACGAGGAGAGAAGAAACCGCGCUGGGUCAAGAUAUUUACACCCUAUUUUAACUACAUGCACGAGUGCUUCGAGAGAGUCUUCUGUGAGCUAAAGUGGAGGAAGGAGGUGGAAGAGGAGGCUACAGACAAGGACAAUAAGAACUGCAGUAAAGAUGGUAUGUGUGGCAAGAAUAUUUUCCAGCUGCUGAGGCACAGAAGGGAUGGAGGCACCUAGGAAGGGAGAUUGUUACCUCUUAACUAGACACCGUCGUCGCCGACUCAGCUCAGUUCAGCCCUCAUCUAGCCCCAGACCCAGCAACACUCCUAUACUAUUAACUACAUGGUCAUCGUUUAUACUCCAUCAGCUACAACCUCAGAAGCUACCCCCCCCCCCCCCCCCCCCACCCCCUCGAUACAUGCAAACCAACAAGCACCUGCAAAUGAACGAAUCGAAUAAUCCGAAGCAUAAACGGCUACAGACACAUGAACCAGAACUCUUGAAUCCAGCGCACCAUCAUCUUGCAUUAAAAUAGAGCUCUGUCCAAAAAGACUUGGUCAUGGAUUCAUGCAAUCCUUCUUCUUAUUGGCAGGGACUUGAAGUGGAAUGUGACUUGUACAUGUGGACGGUUUGACCCUCCUCUGAAGGAGUCCUGCUGGGAAGAGAAAGCUGAAGUGAAUAAGAAAAUAUUGUUGGACUUAGCAGAGAAAGUGAGGCUGUUUAACGCAGAUAACACUGAUCAGAGAUGCUGACCACAGGAAGACACUUGGUCUUCUCCAUUGACGGAUGGGAGCAGCAGUUCUUCUUUGUCUUUUUGGCCAGUUGUUGGCGUGCAAAGUGUGUUCGUGCCUGCUAACGAUGCGUCCAGGGGGCUCCCAAAGGCAAGGAGCCAACCAGAGUGAGGCCAUCAGAAUGUAAGUCACAGCUGAAUUACACCACAUUUUCAUCUGUCUGUCUAUCGAUUUGCAUUUAUAAAAGAUAACUAUUAACAUUGUAAUGUGGCAAAAGAGAGAGGGGAGAGAGAAAGUGGACAUUUUUUUUAUUUAUUUUCUUUUUUGCUGUGUUUAUUUCACACAUGAGCUGGAACAACGUUAAACUUUAGACUAAUGUUGCACUUUAUCAAAUAGUAUUAACAGCCUCCAAAUGUGGGAAAUGUAACCUAAGAGGCAGAUAGUGAUCAUAUUACUGGAACUAGCCUGGGCUUAGUUUACAUUCAUUUUUGACUGACUACAGUAUGAUUAUGUGCUGCAACAUCAAAUGAGUCAUGCGUUCAACGUUUAUGUAUUCAUAGUAUAAUGUGAACACUCCAUGCAAAUGUUUUGAGGCCAUUGUAGAGCGGCAUUGAUGACGAGGAGCACUGAUCAGAAGGUGGAGUACAUCAUGUUUAUCAUGUAUUACCCAAAAGAGACAGCAGGGGUCCUCCUCCUCCUUCCUGCUCCCCUACCGCCCUGAUUACUCCCACCGGAUUUAUUAUAUGCCUGCAACCCAGAAGACCUUUCCACUCGCAGCACUAUUUAUCUCUGUAGCUGGUACUGCGCUGUACUGUUGAACCACUUCUGCACUUUGGAUUCAGGUUAAGUGGAAAGAGGAGUUCUUUGCAAAAAAAAAAAAAAAAAAAGGGCAGCUUGCACACUUUAUCAACAUGAUGUAUAUGAAGAUAACGGAGCACAUUCACUAAAGGCUUUGUAGCAACUGAUCACAGAACUGUGGUGCAGUUUAAUAAACAUUCAAGCUCCAGCCCAGUUGAGCCCAGUUAAUGUUGUCAUUCCUAGAAUAAUGUAAUAAACAUAAUGUAAUACGGUAUAACAGAGUUAUCUGAUGCAACGGUGACUUCAGGCUGACAAAAAUAAAAAAUGUAAUUACAGGUUAUAACAUCAUUAGAAUAUGAUUACAUGCUGCCAUUAAAUAGGAAUCAUUGCUCAGUGCGAUAUUUUAACUACCAUCACCUCAUUUAGAAGGACAUUUAGGAAAGUUCAUAUUUUAUCCAAAAGAUACUACAUGUUCAGCUGCUUCGAGCUUUUACACAAUGAGCCCUCCUAUCGGUGUCAUCAUGGUUUAUUAUCACGAAUAUAAGAACAUUCCUAAAUCAAUUUACUGUAUGUCAUGAUAUGGCUGAUUUAUGCAAAAUCACUUGUAAGAUAAUCAAACUGAUGCUCAAAGCACAGACCUGUGUUGCAUUACAUGUGUGCAAAAACAAAAACAUCACCAACUGAUGUUUGUUACUUCUUAAGUAAGUCAUGUGAUCAGUGUACGAUGCCAGUGAACGUUUGUAAAUGCUAAUAUUCAAUUUUCACCCGUCCUUAACUCCUGCCUGGCUCGUAAUGAGAAUGUCAGCAGUAUUUUUUGUUAGCUACAAGCAAGUUAAGAGUCAUAGAUUGAGAUCAGUGGCUCUCGCUAAGACUGCUUGUUUUAAUGAUGGUGCUGAUCACAAAGGCCAUUUAGGGUGAUUAAUGAGCUUCAACAUACCUUGCCGGGUGUGUAAAGGAGGUCUGAUUGAAUGUGUUGAGCCUUGAAUUGAGAGAAUUGCAAUCCUAAAGGCUGAAAGCAUUUCCCAGGAUCCUUGUCUGUGUUAUUGGACCGUGUCUGACGUGGUCGAUUGUCUGACAUUGUCUGAUCUGCCCACCUUCAAGUUCAGUGCUCUCUCUUUCUCUCUCUCUCUCUCUCUCUCAUCCUGACUAAAGUUAAGUGUCACUAAUUGUAUUUAUUUCAGUAAGAUUCUUUCUUAAAUUCAGCAUCUGUUAAGUUUUUUCACCUGAUAUUGUUUUGGCUUUCGAAAAGUCACACUAAGAGGAGGAGGAUGGAGAUUGACAACCUGCAGAUUCUUUGACAUGUUGAAAUGUAAAAUUUAAGACAAAGUGUUUGGUUACGUCGCUUACUGUAAUAAAUUGUAACAUAUUCUUUUAAAUAAACCGAUUUAUUGAUGCAAAGUUAGUUUUUUUGCUUAAUAUUGUGUGUGUGUGUGUGUGUGUGUGUGUGUGUGUGUGUGUGUGUGCGGAUGUGGCUCAGGGAGUAGAGUGUUUCUUAAUGCUUAGGAUGGGUUAAAUGCAGAGCUCAAAUUUCCCUUUGUCGUGUUGUGUACGAUUGUGUGUGACGACAUAAAAGGUUUGAGUAUGUUUUGUUUUUUUAAUGUGUGUGUUGGAGUCGAGUCACACAAGCAGACUUCACUCUCACUUUGUGUACCCACAUCUGUUUUCUUUCUUCCCGCUUCCUGCAUUGACGUCCUUUUCUCUCAACAACUCCGAUGUAUUUUAAUUAGAUCUGGGAGACAAUUACCCAGCAGGCCGUGGAACGGUCAUUCCAUAUCGACUUGCAUCGAGGGUCUGCAUCACGUAAUUAAAAGCUAUUGACUGUUGGUGGUCUGGGAUGUUAUCUUGAGACAUCUGAAUUUUGAAAAUCCAACAUCCCUGGGCCAGAAACCUGUCCUGGGAGACGUCUUGCUAAUGGUCUGACUUCAGUGUUGAUCAGUUUCUUACCACAACUUCAUCACAGAAAUAUGUGUAGCUUUGAAGGAUCAUGGAAUUAAAAAAGAAACCAAAACAAGUAGAUUUUUUUUGCCUAUUUGUAGGUUUAAAUAUUUCAAAAUGUGACAUUGGACAUCUGAAAUAUUAAGAUUAUUAUAGUUGGUUAGGCCAGUCAGAAAGACUGAGAAAAAUAUUUAAUUAUUGUGUGUAUUAUAUCAUUUCAGUAGUUUUACUAUCAAUACAGGACAUUAUAUUAACAAUUGCUCCCUCUCUUAUUUUCCCCCCAUGAGCAAACAGAACUGAACUGACAGCACAGUCAGUAGCAGUUUACAGGACGCGUGUGUGUGAGUGUGUGUGUGAGCACUAGAGAGACAUAAAGAGACAGAGAGCUUUAGGAGUAUGCGUAGUUACUGCAUUAGGUCUGCAGCAGGCUUCCUUACUUUCACCACUUGGUGUGCGUGAGUGGGUUUGCGGUUGCUCUGCUUCGUGUGGAUGUGGGUGCAAAUUUGUGCGACAAAUGCAGCCACACAUUGCCCCUUGAUAUUGCAGAAAUAUUUAUGCAUCCCACUCUCCUGCUCGCUGCAUCAAGCUCCACUGGUUUGUAUGACUGUGUUUGCUUCUCCUCUGAACAAACAGCUCUGCGUGAAGUGUCAACACAGGACAAGUGACAGAGCCGCCGAAGGAGGGGAGCAUCUUAGAUUUAUCACAUGUGCUGUAUUGCUUCUCUCAGCUGUGUGAGGAAGCAGCAGCAGCAGUCACACGGGCAGAAGGAGCUGCGUAGGCCAUUGAAAUGCACAGCUCCACUAGUAAACUGCCCUGCCUGCACAUAUACUGUACUCACAAUGAAAAAGUUGAAAGCCUAAUUAAUAGCCUCCGGGCUGAAGGUUGGGGUUAGGCAGUGCCAAAACAGCAAUUAACCAAAUUCAAUCAUCGGUGUGUUUGCAUUAUUAUGUCCAGUCACCCCUAAAUGCUGGUCUAAGAACAGUUUAGCAGCAGCAGCAUCCCGGAGGAGGAUGGGGAGGGGGGAUUCACUCCUCUCUUCUCCCUCUCCCAUUAAUGAGCAAUCAGUAAAAAACUUUAUCAUCUCCUAUUGGCUUUCUCAGCACUUUUUGCCCCCCCUUCUCUGUUUCUCUCGAUCAUGCAACCACCAUGUUCUUUUUCCUACUCUUUCAUUUUGCAUCCUCACCAUCUGUGUGCCCCUGCAUAGCCCUCCCUUCCAUCUCUCUUUCCGUCUUUCUUCCCUUUUGCUCUCUUUAUUGCUGCGCUUCAUUACCUCCAUCUUGACUCUCCUCUCUCUGGCUCUUUUUCCUCUCACCCCCUCACUCAUCCUGUCCUCUGUUUCUGUGUCCUUAAAACUCAAUCGAAGGGACGAGAGCCAGAGAAUAGGACAUUUGAUGCAUGUCUGGAGAGUACAAAACACAAGGUCUGUUUAUUUCACAAUGUUUACAGCUCGGUCUGUCACAACUCAUUGGCAUUCAAAGUGACCGACACUCAAAAUGUGUGGCGCGGUUUACAUUCAGGGUACAGCCAGGGUCAGAGAGAUUAUAUUUUUCUGCAUUCACAAAAGUCUGAGUGCGUGGAUGAAAGACGGUUUGCUGCUGUGGUGCGUGUGUGUGUGUGUGUGUGUGUGUGUGUGUGUGUUGCACAGAAGGACAAUGUUGUUCCACAUUAUGCAUAAAACCAGAGCUUUGAAAUAUCUGCUCUAUGCUGUGACAGCCAAAGUCUAUCCCAUAUUUGGAAACAAGGCAGAGUUCUUUAAAAACCCUUCUCAUCUGAGCUAUCAUGUCAUUGAACAGUUUCAUUUUAUAGAAAGUGAAUAACAAAUCCAUUUUGAAAGAUAUGGAGACAGAAUCGUUGGGGUGUCUGGAUGCAUGGCUUGUGUUGCACUUUCUUCCUCGUGAUGUUAUAUGUUGUAGUAUUGUCUGUUCUUCUGUUAUUGUGUCUGUUUACACUCACUUUCUUGUGCUGCUGCAUAUCUUGACCAGGAGUCCCAUUAAAAAGAGAUUUUUUGAAUCCCAAUGGGACCUAUCUUGGUUAAAUAAAGGUUAAAAACUCUGGCGGUAGUUGUCUCGGGAUAUUCGUUUUUUUACUUCAUAGUAAGCACUUCAGUGUACUAUCUAACGUGAUUGUUAAAGUUGCUGCAGAAUGAAUCACCAAUGUCAUCACAUUACAUAUGGAUGAUGUUCAGGCUAUAUUAUUGUGAUAAAAGAGUGUUGGAAUAAAUACUGAUCACAAUGACUUUAGGCAUCGUAUUGAAAGGGAACCCUUGGGAAAACCUUUAAUGAAAUAGAAAAAUCAAUUCUAAAAAAACUCAUAAAAAAAUAAAAUCCUGUAAUGAAACCUAUCACUGGUAACAAACUGUGUACCGCUGUAUAAAUAGUAUUUGGGGAAGCUUGUAACAAAACAGCACACAGACUAUGGUCUGUAUUGUCAGGAAAUGCAGGUUUACAUGCAGCACGUCAGUGUCCAGUUUCUCUAUUGAGCAUCUUCAUGUAGCAUCGGCAACGGCAGUACAAAUACUUUAUAACAAAUUUUGGUAAAGUCAUGCUUCCCAGUUAUCACAUAAAUUCUAGGAUGAUUUCUUUUAGGAUCCUCAUUCACAAAACUCUUCAUUUCUCAUUUCACUGUCAAAUAAUAUAAAAUGAAAGGUACAAAUCCACAAACGGUUAUCCAUAUUCCAGUCAAGCAUUUGCUGCUCUGUUGAAGGUUUCAGUUGACAGUUAAAAGUUAAACUCACCAAAACAAUUAAUGCAUGAGAAAAUUCUUUGACUGUUUUGGGCAGGUGGGAAAACAAAACACAUCAAUCAAACAUUCAUAGAAAACAUUGCAAAGAGGAUGUGUGAACAGCAAAUGCGAGCAUCGUCAGGUAUAUUGUAUUGUGAAAAAAUGGCGCGCGCAACAAAAUAGCAUCAUAACAUCUUUGCAUCACAGUCCACUCCAGCUUACUGAAUAGGAAAUAUCUGCUGUUGUAUGUCCCAGUGUUAUUAGCAGCCAUUGUUCUUCCAACAAAUCCUAAACAUCUCCCACUCUCCCAUAUUUCUCUGUUUUUGGUCCGUCAGAGGAAGUCUUUUGACAGAGCCUCUCCAAAGUUGGGUGCAGCCAUGAGAAUAGCGAUGGUACAGAUGACGUUGAAAACACUGAAUCCCAUGAAGCACAGGCGGUCGAUGACAGCUGCAGCAAACUGCCACUGCUCUGCCAAACUGAGCUGCCGGUCCUGCUCCUUAACGCGUUCGACUAAGAACUGCACCUCCAUCAGAAGAGCCUGCAGCUGGUUGUCUACAGCCACAGAUCGGAUCACACCGCUGUGGGCUGAUCUUCUCCCCCGAGUUGGAGGGGAGCAGGAACACCACCAGAGUCAUGGAGGAGAGGAGCACAACGGGGAUGAGGAGGUUGAGAGCGUAAAACAAGGUCCUCCUUCGUAAGGUCACCACAAAGGUGACAUCGAAGUAGGGCUCUGGACAGCAGUCAUAGAAAACUUCGUGACGACCUCCAGGGACCUCUAAAGUGGAAGAGAAAAGGCGCAGGUCCCACUCUCCGUUGGUCAUGUAUCCUGACACAUCUGCCUCCUUCAUUUGGAGGUCUAGCAGCCAGCCGUCAAAUGUCCACGAGCCAAACUUCAGUUCACAGCGCUGGACGUCAAAUGGAAACCAUCGCACAUCCACGGCACAUGUGCUGACAAAUAUUCCUUUCAAAAAAGCAGGGGAAAUAGUUUAAAGUGAAAGGGAAGUUGAUAUCAAAGUCAAGUUAAUUCAUCUCAAGAUGUUACUUGAAAAAACAUGUUUUUUGUUGCAGCAAUUUGGAAGAAAAUAUUAAAUAGAUUGCAGUAAAUAUAGGAUGAAUUUGCCGCAGCAUGAGUAAUACUGUGUGUGUGUGUGCAGAAUGACUGAAGACGUAGUUUGGUUUUGAGGACCAGAUGCUGAUUAAUAAGAACGUACCUGGAGGCAGAUACUCACAGAAGCCACUGGAGUUAACCAGCACGUUAGUCUUAAAGGUGGCAUCAAACUUAUCAUGAGCACUGGAGGAUAGUAACACAGGGGUGAGAUAGUUUAGAGCUCAGCGGCAGCACUGGGGGUGUGUAUGCUUAUAUUCCACACGUACCUGUUGUAGAGCAAUAUGUCAGGUGUCCAGACCUGGUCAGAAGUGAACCGGAGGUUCUUAACUCCAGGAUACUCUGACUGGUUCCACUGGAGGUAGUGGUCAUACCACUGCUGGGAGACACAAGCACAACACUGGUUUUACAUAUUAACAUAAUAAACAUGACAACAUGCACACACAUACAUGGACACACAUUCUGAUUCUCCAUAUUGUUCUUUUUUUAUUUAUUGUAAUUUCAGUCUACACUGUUCACAAAACAUAUCCUAGAAAAGGGAUCCCUCCUCUGCUGCUCUUCCUGCUCUUCUUUUUGGGAUAUUUUGAGGAGCUUUUUUUCCUACAAUUCAAAUCAAUGAUUGAAGGACAGAAGGUGCCGCAUGCUGCACAGAUUGUAAAGUGUGAUUUGUGAUUUUGGGCUCUAAAAUGAAGAUUGACUUGACAGAGACAAAUAGCCUGGUGAAUUCUCAUGAUAUUCACAAAAUGUUCCAUGCGAGUGAUGGGAGGCAUACACAAGGCUUUUCACAACACAGAUCGAUAUCACAGUUCAUAUUAUUCACAACACUCACCAUCUGCAGCCAGGCAUUCGUGGUGAGGAUCUGGUUCUUUUCAUCCUUGCAUAACACAAAACAACACAACAGCAACUUUGACAUUCAUGCCAAUAAUGGUAAUUUGAAUUGAAUUGAAUUGAGAGAGAGAUCCCUCUGUAAUGUGAUUCCAGUUAGGAUGGAAGACAUAAUCCACAUUCUAAAUUCAACUAAAGCUAAUGUAAUCUGAUAAAUCAAGUGGGUAUCUUCAGUCUUUCUAGCAUGAUAUUCCCUCUUUGUGUUAUUAUCCCCCCUGCUGCAGCCCAAAAACGAAAUGCUGUCCAUGGAAACACAUGAUAAGAUUACUUCAACUACUUCGUUUGGGAGAUUUGAUUUGACUGAUUCAGACUCAGGAAACGUCGUAUGAGCUAUAGCUGAACUUUUGAAAGCACUUUUACAUGGGAAUUACAUUAGGAGGAGAUACACGGUAUUGUUUCUUGUUGGAAUGUAUUGCAUCAGUGUAUGUGCAUGUUUAUGAUACAUGUGUGCCAUGCCUACCACAUCCAUGACCUGCAUCAGAGUAAAGGAGAACUGAACAGUGAGACUCUGUGAAUCGUUGGCCACUGGCCUCUCCAUGGGGUUGUAGUCCCUCAGCAGCUCCCUGAGCAGAAACCGCUGGUGGGGACCCUGCACUGAUACUGAAUGAGGCAGAGGGAGGGAGUUCAAUGGACGGGAUGGAAAAAUGGGAGAGUUGCAUCAGAAAAGAAGAGCAAGAGAACAUGGGACUGUUACAAAGAGAAAACUGUGCCAGCAAAGAUAAGAGAGCACCGAAGAGAGAGCAAUAACAGUAAAAUGGUCUUAUUACGAUGAUCGAUGGAGAGUUUGAGGAAAAGUGGUGUUGAAAUUGAAAGCCAGGGGAACGAAAGAGAAGGAGAAACAAACUAACAGAGGGAG